AUGACCAUGAAUCAUAUUGAGUCACAGAGGCAAGAGAACAUCAAGCGUAACCGAGAACAACUGACGCAACUCGGCAUUUACCUCACUCCAUCAGCCAGCUCUCCUCCUCUUGCCAAGGGACCACCAGCAAAAAAGCGAAAGCUUGACCAUCCACUCCCGCCCUCGCGAUCCUCCGCACGCAUAGCCUCAACGCCCGCCAAACCCUCCUACGUCUCAGAAAAUGAAGCCGAAGAUUGGAGACACUCCCGCAAGAAAGGCUCGCGGGUAGGCCCAAAGAAAGUGAAGGAGCCCGUGAUCAAACAAGAAGCAGUGGCCAUAGCACCAAUACCAGCGAAGGACAUAGAGAGCAUACGCGCCGGCUGGAUAACGUGGGAGUCCAAUGCAUCUCCUCCAAUCCGAGAUGACGAUUCCACUUUUCACUUCCAAGAUCAAUCGUCUUUCACGCCUAAUAAGUCGCCGGAAGAGCUGAUACGAGAAGGCUGUUUCGGAGGCUCCUACUUUCGGCCCCUAUACUCGCGAAGACUCGGCAUCACAGUUACCGAUGACUAUAGACAGCUGCCGUCCACAUGGUAUGCCGGCCUCGACGUUUCCCAAUUUCUCACCUCCCCUACCUAUGAUACGGAGAUCAAUAAGUAUAAAGUCUCCUCCGGCCAAAGCAUAGAAGAGUGGGAAGCUGCCGGGUGGAUCAAUCAUACAUAUGAUGUAAGAGGAUGGUUUCAAUGGUACUGCCGCUUCUACAUGGGACGGCGGUGUGAAGACGAUGAGAGGCAGAUCAGUCGAUGGAGGAAAUGUGUAGGGGAAACCGGGAGGUGGAGAAGAAUGCUGUUGAAGAAAUAUGUGAGCAUGGGUAUCAAGGAAGUCUUUGAUGAUGGAGAAGACGAGGAAGGGCGAGAUGUCAGUCCGGUUAUGCAUCAGACUUGUCAUCAUUGGGCGUAUGAAGUUAGGCAGGGGGACUUGGAGAGAUUUUGGAACGCGGGAAAAUAA